AUGAGCGGCAUCUUCCCGGGCAACAGCAGCCUCAUCCAGCAGCUAGACAAGCAAGUGCUGAUGGUUCUGCGCGACGGCCGCCACCUCGUCGGGUAUCUGCGGAGUUUCGACCAGUACUCGAACAUUAUUCUGGAAGACACAUACGAGCGCCACGUCGCUGGCGGACUGUUCUGCGAUAUCGAGCUGGGCCUGAACAUCAUCCGUGGUGACAACAUCGUUCUCCUUGGCGAACUAGACAGCGAUAAGGAGCGCGACCAGCCGCACAUGAAGCGCGUGGAGCUGGAGGAGGUGCUGGAGGCCGAGGAGCGGCUGAACGAGCAGGGCAACACGAGCGUGCGUCAGCAGUGGGACUUCGAGCAGCAGCACUGA